GUCAGAACGCGUCUCUGCUCUCCCAACAAGAAACACAAACAGACACGACUCUGUGACCCAAACGAGUGUGAACUUUAGGAGCACCGUCACACGCGAGCAUGCCCUCCAGAACAUCACUCUGAUUCAGGUGAGCAGGUGCCCUGAAGGAGCUCCAGAGCAAACAUCUCUGAUUCCUUCACAACUCCAGAGUGUCAACAGUCCAGAUCGUGGAAACAUCUCUGAACAUCGAGACACAGACGGUUCUCCAGCAGGUAAACCCUCCUGGAUGCUGGAGUUCCUGUGUGUGCCAUGAUGGAGCAAUACAGCGUCCUGAUUCUUCAUUAACCCCAGAGAAACAGAGCUGCUGUGCUUGCAAACACGCCGACAUUACUGCGCUCCGUCUCUGAAGGUCACAUCAAAGAGCUGCAUGUGAGUCAGAAACCUCUCAGAGAUGGGUUAAUUCCCAGGGCACAAUUUGGAUGGAAGUGUUUGUGUAACCACGCCCUACGUCUUUUUCUGGAAAAAAAUAAUAAUAAUAAAAACAAACGGAUGGAAAAAGUUCCAAUCUGGCAACUCAGGCCAGGAGAGAAAAGACUGUAAUUUGUGCCAGAAAAAGCUCUCAGUUCACCGGCAUCAAGUGCACCCCAAUCCCUCUCUCUCUCUCCCUCUCUCUCUCUCCCUCUCUCUCUCUCCCUCUCUCUCUCUCUCUCUCUCUCCCCCCUGGUGCAGGCUGGAUUGUCUCAGUGUUGUUCAGAACUUUGCCAGGAACUAAAGCAGGACUUUCUGUUGGAAUAAAGCAGCAGCUGUUUGGAGAUCUUCUCCUCCAUCAGGCUGUGAUCGAACAGAUGUGUGCAGGUGUGUGUGUAUUAGAGAUGCGGCCCGUACCUCUGAGUCUCCUGCUCUCUGUAUUAGUCCUGCUGUGUAUAAAUCUGACUCUGAGCUCAGGUGAGGAUGACUACACCUGGCCACAGAGGAAGAUGCCACUUGUGCACAACAAAGGAACGGUGCGUCUGAGUGUCUCGAGCUUCUCGGCUGAGCGUCAGUCCGAGUUGAAUGGGAUGUGUGGGAUCGAAUGUCAGCAUGAGCUUCCAGAGCCAACCAUGGAGGAUCUCCAGGAGAUGCUUUCUUACGAAACCAUGUACGAGAACGGCACACGCACACUCACGUCCAUCACGCUGCAUGAGCUCGAGGUCACGGCCGAGAACACGUCUUCAUCCUCUGGAUCACGGCACAAGCGUGAGGUCUAUGGCCCGGACACACGCUUCACCAUCUCUGACAAGCAGUACUCGAUGAAGUAUCCGUUCUCCACUUCCGUGAAGAUUUCCACCGGAUGCACCGGCGUGCUCGUGUCACCCAAACACGUGCUGACUGCUGCUCACUGCAUCCACAACGGCACAGAUUACCUCAGAGGAGCAGAGAAAUUAAGUGUGGGAGUUCUGCGUGACAGGAAAAAGGGAAGAAAGAGAAGACGAGGGAAGGGCAGGAAGGAGGAGGAAGAGAGAGAGAAAACGGAAAUGGAGAUGGGAGGAAAGAGACGAGAGCGGAAGUCUAAAGGUCGGAAGAGUCGGAACAAGCGAAGCGUGCUGUCUGGAAAACCAACGUUUCGCUGGACACGUGUGAAGAAGACGCAGAUCCCCAGAGGCUGGUUUAAGGGCGUCUCGGACAGCACCGAGGCCGAUUACGAUUAUGCCGUGCUCGAGCUGAAAAAGAUGCAGAAGGUGCAGCACAUGGAGCUCGGCAUCAUCCCGUCUGUUAAAAAGCUCCACGCAUCACGCAUCCACUUCUCAGGAUUUGACGACGACCGGCCCGGGGACCUGGUGUACCGCUUCUGCUCCAUUUCAGACGAGUCUAGCGACCUCAUGUACCAGCAGUGCGACGCAAAGCCUGGAGCGAGCGGUGCCGGUGUGUAUGUGCGCCUGAAGGAGCCGGGGAAUAGGAAGUGGAAGCGGAAGGUGAUUGGUGUGUUUACGGGUCAUCAGUGGGUUCAGGUGAACGGCCAGCAGCAGGAUUAUAACGUAGCCGUGAGAAUCACGCCAGUGAAAUUUGCGCAGAUCUGCUCCUGGGUACACGGAGACUCCAGCAUGUGCCAGAACACCUAAUGGAUCUAAACUACCACGUCUUUCACCCCAGUGACCCCCAACACCCUGCUUUCACACUUUAUAACCAUGGAGUUUUCCAAACAGUUUAUCAGUUUAGAAAUGUAACCGAAACACCCGUCUGCUCCAUCCCUUACCCCGUCUACCCUGUCCGUUACCCCGUUUGCCCCAUCUUUCACUUCCUCUCUCUACAUCAGUUCCGUCUUUGUCUUCUUUUGCCUCAGCUGCACUAAUCUCUUCCCCGUCUUCUUCCCCAGUCUUUAACCCUUUGUGUUCCACCCUUUAUAAAAGUGUUACUGAACACAGCUUUAUAAAACACAGGUGAGAAAACAAUCAACAUUAAUGUUGUAUUUUUUUUAAAUAAUUAAUUAUUUUAUAUUUUAAUCAAUCUAAAGUCUCAGGGCUUCACAGUCCGACCCUGUACUUCCUUCUGCCCGAUAAUUCAUCACUGCAACACCAACAACUCACUAUAAUUUAUUUUAAUUUUUAACUAAACAUGAUAAAAAUGUGUUGUUGGUGUUGCUGGUUUUUUUUCAGGAUCCACUUGGUUUAAAACGACUCUCAGAAACUAAAAUAUCAGAGUAAAAGAUCUCAUCAGUGAUCUCUGGAUGAUUUUGGAACUUUUUAAAAAACUUUUCUUCACAUUUGAUGUGUUUUUAUCCUUCGCAUGUCAUCAGUUGCUUUUAUGCAAAUUA